GCAGUCGGUCAGCUGGCUCCUCCAUCGGAGCAGCAGGGAGAGCCUCUCCCAAAGGGGGACAUCACCAUCAACGCCCCAGUCUGCCAGCAGCACUGGAACAGAGGAAAAACCAUGGGAGAAACGCCAGAGUGACCGGUAAUCGUGAAAGUUAUACUAUUUAUUCCCGUAUUUAUUUAUGUAUUUAUCCAUUAUGGCUGGGGUCCAUGGCUGCGGCUGCUGAGAGAGAGACAGGUGCAACAUCAUAAUCGACGCACGCAUUUGGCCCUUCAUGGACCUGGAUGAAGGAUGGAUAUCCAAAUAUCGGAUCAAAUAGUUCCCGUUUCGAGCUCAAGGUUAUGCGCACUUCUCUGCUGCAAAAAUGGCAUAAUAAGUGCCUUGUGAAAUGAGGGAAGACUGUGAUUGAAUGUAACCCCCCCUCCACCAUCAUCCCUCCUUUCCACCCUGAACUGAACGGAUUGAAACACGCCUUUUUAGGCCUGGGAAUUAGUAGAGCCCCAGUCUCAUAUCUGGACCCCCUGGCCCUGAGCUCCAGCUGCCAGGAUGAUGGAGCUGCAGCUGGACGAGGUGGUGUACCAGGACGACUACGGCUCCGGCACCGUCAUGUCGGAGCGGGUGUCGGGCCUGGCCAACUCCAUCUACCGGGAGUUCGAGCGCCUGAUCCGCAACUACGACGAGGAGGUGGUGAAGGAGCUGAUGCCGCUGGUGGUCAACGUGCUGGAGAACCUGGACGCCGUGCUCACCGAGAACCAGGAGCACGAGGUGGAGCUGGAGCUGCUGAAGGAGGACAACGAGCAGCUCAUCACCCAGUACGAGAGGGAGAAGGCGCUGCGGAAACAGGCGGAGGAGAAAUUCAUUGAAUUUGAGGAUUCGCUGGAAGCCGAGAAGAAGGACCUGCAGGUACAGGUGGAGUUCCUGGAGCUGCAGGGGAAACAGCUGGAGCUCAAGACCAAGAACUACUCCGAUCAGAUCGCGAGGCUGGAAGAACGAGAGUCAGACCUGAAGAAAGAGUACAAUGCUCUUCACCAACGCCACACAGAGAUGAUUCAGACGUACGUGGAGCACAUAGAGCGGUCCAAAUUGCAGCAGGCGGGGAGCAACAGCCAGUCAGAUGGCCCCGGCUGUGGACGAACUCAACGCCACACAUGGAGGAAAAGCAAAGCGGAGAGGCCGCCAUCGUUGAGCCUGUACCCCAGUGGAGAGGGCAUGGUACGUGGGGGUCUCGGGGGGGCUAGGAUGAUGCCCAGGAAAGACAUCUGGCAGGAGGAUGGAUCUGAGUCUGACUCGGUGGCCGCCACACCCAGCAGCACAGGAAGCAAGUCCAACACGCCCACCUCUUCGGUACCCUCCGCCACCGUCACCCCCAUCAACGAGGGCUUCAUCCCACACGCAGAUUUUGACGCAACGCGUACUGGGAACCGCAGGAAAAGUGCCAAGCGGCUCAGUCGAAACAUGGAGGUGCAGGUUUCCCAGGAAACCAGGAACGUCAGCAUCGGUAUGGGCAGCAGCGAUGAGUGGUCAGAGUUUCAGGAGAUCAUUGAUUCCACUCCUGAAUUGGAAAUGUGUGUAGAUCCUCGUGUGUAUGGAGGAAACAGCCCCUCUCAGGGCAUAGUUAACGAAGCUUUUGGCAUCAACACCGACUCUCUCUACCAUGAGAUCCAAGAUGCCAAAUCGGACAUCAUUGGGGAUGUAGACGCUGGUGCCGAGUUGCUAGGCGAGUUCUCAGUCCGCGAUGAUUUCUUCGGGAUGGGCAAGGAGGUGGAGAACCUGCUGACAGAGAACAAACAGCUUCUAGAGACCAAAAAUGCUCUCAAUAUUGUGAAAAAUGACCUUAUUGCCAAAGUGGACGAGCUGUCAGGGGAGCAGGAGGCCCUGAGGGAGGAGCUGGAGGCGGUGCGGCAGUCUAAGAACAAGGUGGAUGCCAGAAUCAAGGAGCUAGAAGAGGAACUGAAGAGGUUACGAGCAGAGGCUCUUGGUGCAUCUCGGGACUCCAAAGACGAAGUAGGGGAUGACUUUUCAUCACCGAUGCAAGACGGGGACAUGACGAUGACUCCGAGGCGGCGCUUCACUCGGGUGGAGAUGGCCCGUGUGCUGAUGGAGAGGAACCAGUACAAAGAGAGACUGAUGGAACUGCAGGAAGCUGUACGGUGGACAGAGAUGAUCAGGGCAUCCAGGGAGAGUCCUCAAAUUACAGAGAAGAAGAAGUCGACCAUCUGGCAGUUCUUUGCACGUCUCUUCAGCUCAUCGUCCAGCCCUCCGCCUGUCAAACGGCCAUACUACAACGUCAACAUCCAUUACAAGUCUCCCUCACCGGCCAGUCUCACCCAGCGACGAGGCCACACCAUGUGUCAGAUCUCCACCUCCAACCGCACGCUGGAGUUCUUCCCAGAAGAACUGGCCAGUAACGGUGUUGCGUCUCUCCUUAGUGACUCGGCACUGCUGGCCCGCCGAGAGCAGCGGCGCGAACAGUACAGGCAAGUGCGAGAGCACAUGCGCCGCGAUGACGGCAUCAUGCAGGCCUGUGGCUGGAGCGUGCCAUCGCGAUUCAAACAGACUGGUGGUCAGACGGACAGCGCUCAGGACAGCUCGCUGAAGAGAACACAGACCAGCAAUGAGAAAGAGGACAACCGCAUGAAGAACGUUCCCGUCCCGGUGUACUGUCGUCCUCUGGUGGAGAAAGACCCCAACAGGAAGCUGUGGUGUGCAGCAGGAGUGGACCUGACGGGGUGGAAGGCCGGCAGCCAGGAGGGGGACCCGGCUAAAGCUCCGCCAGGCGUCAGCGACCCCCUGAACAUUGAAGAGGACGGGACAGAAAAGAAGAACAGUCACACAUCCCCCGAAAAGAGAAAGUCAAAGGAGCUCCAGGAGAUGGACUCCAUGAACAGUCGGGUGUGGAUCCUCACCAGCACCCACUCUGCCAGCAAAGUGGUCAUCAUUGACGCCAACCAGCCAGGUUCACUGGUGGACCAGUUCAAUGUCUGCAAUGCCCACGUGCUCUGCAUCUCCAGUGUUCCAGCUGCGAGUGAGAGUGAUUAUCCGGCGGGAGAGAUCGUCUUGGAUCCAAUAGACGGAGGAGCAGGGAGUGGAGAGGACACUGGUGGGGUGGAGGGUAUGUUGGCCGGCAUCACACUCGUUGGCUGCGCCACCAACUGCAGCGUUGCCCGUAGCAACUGCUCCUCACGUACUGACACACCCAUAAUGGACAAAGGACAAGCUCCCGCUGCUCCCCCCAUGAACGGGAAGAUUCACCCCGCCCAGUCGGCCGAGGAAGCUACAGAGGCAACGGAGGUGUCGGAGUCCACGGCCAACCACACGGAACUGGGAUCUGGACCUCCGGGCCCGUUUACUGAGCACGUCUUCACCGACCCUCGCCCGGCUGACAGCUUCGAUAGGAGCACAAGCCAAUCCAAAGAGGAAACCUCUCAAACCACAGAGUCAGAGGAUGGAUGUGAAGAAGCCAAAAACUACACCAGCGUGGCUCCAACAAUGUGGCUUGGGGCUCAAAAUGGCUGGCUUUACGUCCACUCAGCUGUUGGAAACUGGAAGAAGUGUCUCCACUCCAUCAAACUCAAAGAUUCGGUGCUCAGUUUGGUGCAUGUGAAAGGUCGUGUGCUGGUCGCCCUUGCUGAUGGGACACUCGCCAUAUUCCACAGAUCCGAAGAUGGCCAGUGGGAUUUGUCCAACUACCACCUCAUGGACCUUGGUCGACCUCAUCACUCCAUCCGCUGCAUGGCUGUAGUCCAUGAUAAAGUGUGGUGUGGCUACAAGAACAAGAUUCAUGUCAUUCAGCCCAAAAGCAUGCAGAUUGAGAAGUCCUUCGACGCCCACCCUCGCAGGGAAAGUCAGGUGCGUCAGCUGGCGUGGAUCGGUGAUGGCGUGUGGGUGUCGAUCCGGCUAGAUUCAACGCUGCGUCUGUACCAUGCACACACACACCAACACCUCCAGGACGUUGACAUUGAGCCAUACGUCAGCAAAAUGUUGGGUACGGGCAAGCUGGGCUUCUCGUUUGUGCGAAUAACAGCCCUCCUGAUUGGUGGGAAUCGUCUCUGGGUGGGAACUGGAAACGGCGUGAUCAUCUCCAUCCCUCUGACAGAGACGGUGGUCCUUCACCGGGGACAGCUCCUGGGUUUGAGGGCGAAUAAAGUAUCUCCUACAUCCUCUGGUGGGGUGAUCCAUGUAUACGGCGAUGACGGCUCUGAGAAGAGCAGCGGCAGCUUCAUACCUUACUGCUCAAUGGCACAAGCUCAGCUCUGUUUCCAUGGACACCGAGAUGCUGUCAAGUUCUUCGUCUCUGUGCCGGGCAAUGUUCUGGCCACUCUAAACGGCAGCGUUCUGGACAGUCCAUCAGAGGGGCAGAGCUCCACAGCCCCCACAGAGACGGAGUCCCAGUGUGUCCAGAACGUGCUGGUGCUGAGCGGAGGAGAGGGCUACAUAGACUUCCGCAUAGGGGAUGGAGAGGACGAUGAGACCGAAGAACCGGAGAAUAAUGAAGUUGCGCAGAUGAAACCUGCUCUGAGUAAAGCCGAGCGAAGCCACAUCAUCGUCUGGCAGGUGUCUUAUGUACCUGAGUGACGCCUAAAUCUGCUUUAACAACCCACCUAUUCAACUCUUUGAAGAAGUAUCGUCCUAAUCCCCCGACGCUUCCAGCCACCCAGACCUUGUAAUUAUUCCUGCUCAUGUAAAAGUUCUCUUUUGGCUUUAAAACACCCCUCGAAGCCGCGCAUCCCCCCCCCUGUAACUAUUAUAUCCCCUUCUGCCCUGCCACGUUGUAACUUUAUUGCCUUGUAAGUACCUCCUCUGAUCUAGUUAUCUGCCUGCCAUCCUUUUUCUGUCCCACACAGGGCAUUGUAACUAUCGUCAUGAGCCUUGUAACCCAGCCUCAUAACUACCUCCCUCCUCCGCAUCGAUCUUGUACCUACCUUUGAGCACACUGUAUCUCCUCCUAUAUUUACCUCAACUGUCCUGCAUCUGCCCCAGUUACUCUUCAUCUUGUUCCAUUCAGUUCGUCAUCUGUGGAAACUCAACAUCAAGUCAAAGCAAAGCCCACAGCCCCAACAUGCAUCAAAUGUACCAAACAAAUAAAGGGAAAAACAAAGAAACGAGCAGCAAACAGAACAAUGAGCUAGGCUGACUUGCAUUUCCACCAGAAACCUGGUUUUAUCAACAAUCAGCAACUGAUUUAUCUAUGUAUGCCAUUGAUGUACAGACGUGUCAGGCGUUCAUGUCGAGUCUUUGACAAGUGUUUUUGAGGAUGCAACAUACUGAAGCAUUGGUUUAUCUUUACAAGUGGAGUUGAUGGUAAAGGUGUCUGGCUUUGUGAAAAGUUGGAGGGUGAAGAUGAGCAAACAUGAAACAAACAAAAAAAAACCAAGCCAAAUCACUUAUCUCUCAGUCACCCCGAUUUAAAAUGUCCCGAUUCAGGUUGUGUUGCAUUAGUUUGUGGUUUUGAAACUCCAGGAUGCCAGGAAACAGCCUGAUGUGAGUCAAAAGGUCAGAGUUAUGAUCCAACGGUUGAAGAGGUUCUGUUUAAAUGAGUCAAGGCUUCGGUUCUUAACUCAUGUCGCUCUCUGACUGGCUGCUGAAGGGACAGUACGGUGUGAAGCAGGUGUGGCAUGUUGUUAUAUGUACAGGAAUUCAUGUAAAUCUCAAGGUGCACUGAAGCCCCACCUCUUUGUUCAGUAUGAAGAUUUGUGCAUUGAUCUCUGUGUGGAUUAAAUAUUAAACAUAUUUGUGUGCCG